AGACGAGCCCGCCUGGGAAGUGGGAACGAGGUUAGGGACAACCAUAGUCGUUUGAGGAGAGAGGAGCCCGGGAUUAUUCCCUGUUGUAUCGUUGACACCUCUCGGAAUGACUCGAUACAAUUUCGUUGUACCUCUGUGGUGAUGGCUGUCCACGUGGAUUGUGGAAGUCCAUGACGAACAGAUCACCGACUGGUGGAUCAUCAUCUGAAGCUGGAUAACAAACUGUGCAGCGCAUCAAAGUGUCAUUCCCAAAACAUGGACUACAGGGACACCAAAAGCACCUCCAAGCCGCCCUCGGGCAAAACCAUGAAGCCGCGGGCCCCCGCCCCCCCCCCGGCCCCUGAGCCCGCCCCGCGCCACAUCUUCAGGAACGCCGUUCCCGACGGCGCCGGGGCCAAGGAGAACACCAUGAGGACCUCGGUGUACGUGCACGUCACCUACCCCCAGGGCAACCAGACCAGCAUGACCGUCGACGGCAGUAAGGCUCUGAUGGACCUGAGGGUGGAGCUGUGCAGUCGUCAGCACCUGAACCCGUCCCUGCACACCCUGGAGCUGCUGUCCCCGGAGGGCCUCCCGCUGGCCUUCAAGCCCAACGCGCUGCUGGGCUCCCUAGACCUCGCCCGCAUCCUCAUCAAGGAGAAGGACGUGAGGAAGGAAGGGCUGCGCAGGCCGGCGCCCAAAAUACCCGAGAAAACGGUGCGUCUGGUGGUGAACUACCACCGCACCCAGAAGGCGGUGGUGCGGGUCAACCCUCUGGCGCCCCUGGUGGACCUGCUGCCCGUCAUCUGCGACAAGUGUGACUUCAACCCCGCGCGCGUGCUGCUGCUGAGGGACAGCCUGAGCGGCCACGAGCUGCCCCUGGACCAGUCACUGGCCCAGCUGGGCAUCAAGGAGCUCUAUGUGCACGACCAGAGCCUGGUACUCCAGCCUAAAAUGGCUUCUGCCCCUGCUCUUAACUACUCAGACUCUAUGAGCUCCAGCAAUCUCAGUGUGGGGACAGCGGAGAAGAGAGGCUUCCUGGGAAUCUUCCGCUUCAACUCAAGGAAAUCCAAGGCUGAGGAGGCUAUGGAUACUGAUUGCACGGAUGCUAAAUCUAUGCAGAGUACAGACGCACCCUCCAACGGUUUAUCCACGGCGUCGGUGGCCUCUGAAGCGCGGCCCAGCACUCUGGGCCAGUCCCAGUCGGCCAUGAACCUCUCCAGGACGUCUCCCAAGAGCGAUGCCAAGAAACGGAGGGCUCCGGCCCCCCCACCUACCCCAGCCGCCUCCUCCCUGGGACAGUGCAGCCUGGACGGCUAUCAGGAGAUUUACACGCGUGACACAGGGCGAUUAGUGACGCCAGAGCUGGCAAGCAGAUUGCACAGGGUCACAGGCUGGCCAAAGGUUAAGUUCAUGCUGGCUCAUGUCCUGAGUCUUCAGCCGGGGAAGAGGCUCCAGCAGUGGAUGGGCCUCCUCGGCACCGACAGCAUGCUGAGGAAACGAAAAGCCCCGGCCGCGCCCCCUACCUCGGAGAGCUCGGCCACGCCCUCCCUGGACGACUCCUCGGCCACGCCCACCCGCGACAGCACCCCGGCGCCCACCCCAACCCCCAUCGCCCGCACCAAGGUGACCCCGCCCGCGGCCCCCUCUACGGCGCCCCCCCCGGCGGCUCCGGCCCCCACGCCCACGCCCAGCCUCACCUCCAGCUGCCCCUCCUCCUCCUCGGCCACCAGCUCCCCGGCCCCCAGCACCACCACGGGGGGCAGCCUGACCGCCCAGGACUCCAGCUCCUCCUCCGAGUGCGGGCGGAGUCUGGAGGCGGAGUCCGACAGCGAGGUGGACGCCUCCAACGUCUCCCUCCGCAGCGGGUCGCUCAGUGACACCAGCGUGGCCAGCUAUGCGCCGGGGGCGGGGCUUACACGCGUUCAGCCCGCCGUCGCCGCCACCACCACCACCAGCAGCAGCAGCAUCAGCUCCAGCGCCGCCAGCAGCCGGACGGAGGUCUCUGUGGAGUCGGCCGACAGCCAGGUGAAGCGCCUGUCGGGGUCCGACCAGGUUCAGAGGGGGUCGCUGGUGGAGCUGAGGAUGAACGCGACGGAGAACAACCGACACAGCGCCGUCGCCUGGCUCCACUCUCUACCAUGCCCCAGACUUCCGCAGGGGGGGGGCGCCGGCCGAAGCGCACCCGAGGACGAGACCCUCUCCCUGGGGAGCAGCAGCGGCAGCAGCAGCCUGCCGGACCAGGGUUACGCCGCCUCCGAGGGCAUGGGGGAGGGGGAGGACUGCGGCACGGCGGGCUCCCCGUGGGGGACGCAGCCCGCCUCCCCGGACAAGACCAUGCACGGGAGAGGAGAUGGAGGGAGACCCCUCGGACCCAUAAAGGAUGUCUCCAGCGACAGCGACGAAGGGUGUGCGACCUGGGGGUCCAGACACAGACCAAUGGGCAUAAGCCUGAAGGAUAAAGCAGGCAGCAGGAUGGACGCCUACGAAGAGGACCCCGAGCUCACCGCUGAACUCAACAAGACCCUGGCCGACUUUGACGCUGAAUUAAACGACAUUAGCCGUACGGAGGCCGUCACGCCAAAAGAGUAUCGCUAUGCCUUACCCACAGACGUCCACGGAGUGCCUGUCACUGUGGUGGACCUGGUCCCUGUCACCGCUAUAGAUCUACCGGAGGACUAUGGAAACACGGUCACUGACGGUGUCACCAAGACGUCGCCGCGGAAAACGUCAAAUGUCAAUAAUGCUCUGAACGCUGCUCAGCAGUCCGGGGACAAAGCCCACAACCAGAACAACAACGCCUGUAGGGACGGAGGCCCUACCAAGCGUGUCAGUGACGUCGCUAAACGACCACCGCCGGCCGCGGCGUAUGUAGCCUCCGCGGCGGGGCACACAGCGAGCAGUGCGGUCACAUCCGAGAACAAGCCGACGCAGCGAGAAGCCAACGCCAAGACAGGCGGCGUCAGAGAAGCGGCGAAAUCGCGUCCCGGCGAGAACGCCGGCGUCAAAGCUAGCCCUCCCGUCGGCAAAGAGAACGACCUCCCGCCGAACACUCGGAGGACGCCGUCCGUGAACGGGAAGGAGGACGUGGGGGAGUUCCCCGUCUACAGGCCCCACCUCAACACGGACGUCAUCUCGGCCUACUCGGCCUCGGUGUCACAGAGCAAGAUCACCCAGAGCUCCACCUCGCGCUUCGGCCUGAAGACCUUCACCGUGGUUCCCCCGAAACACUCGCCCGCGGCCGUCACGCCGCAGGCGGGCAGCACCGUGGGCACCGCGGGCGCCAUCAAGAUCGACGAGCAGGGGAACAUGGUGCAGACCGGCGUGUGGCAGAAGCCCGGGACCCUCAGACCGGCGUCCGGGGCCGUCGGUCCGACUUCGGGGGCGGGGGGACACACGGAGGAGCGCUCUCCGCUCUUGGGCCAGGCCAAAGCCUUCUGGAGUACGUCCGAACGACAAGACAGCGGGGAGCCGAAGAAGACGGUGUAUCCAGCCUCCCCCGAAACCACGAGACACGCUAAGAAACCGGAAGACCUGAGAAACACACACCCGGUAAGACGUGAGCCUUCCCUGGUGGCGAAGCCUCAGGAGAGGAGAGCCGCUGCCACCGCGACCAAGGAGGCCGCCGAAGUACAGAAGGAGUCGGAGCAAAAGGUGAUCAUCUUGGAGGAGACGCAGACACCGGGCAGUGCCUCCGUCCCGGCCUAUUCUUACCAACCCAACCCACAGAGAGACCUGUCCUUCCUCCGACCGUCCAGGAGGACGUCCAGCCAGUACGUGGCGUCCGCCAUCUCGAAGUACGCCAAACCAGAAGGCCCCGCCCACGGCCUGGAACCCCUGCAGAGGAACGCCCAGUCGAGCUUCCAGAGAGGGGGCCGGUCCAUGCAGGUGAUCCCACGGGCGUCCACCCUGCCUUCGUGCGAUGGCGACCAGAGGGGGGGGCCCGUCGGCCCGGGGCCACCGCGGUCCCCCGGACCCACCAGGUCCAUGAGCCACCCCGACCGCAUCGCCACGGAGACGACCGGAGAAGCGAAGUGGGGCGGAGGAGGAAGGCUCGUCGGGAGCUCCAGCUUCUCCAGAGGAAGCCUCAACGCCCCGGACACCAAGAGGGUCAGCAGCUGGCCGGUGGUGAGCCCCGCCCCGGGCAGAGGGACGGCCGGGGACAGCAGGAGUCAGAGCGUGCACAGCGAGGCACCGGACCCAGGGCCGAGCCACGCCGGCCAGAACCAGGCGCGCCCCCCCAAACAGGGGACGGGCGCCAACGUGCCAGCACCCAUAGUACAAGUUAAUAACACCCCAGUGGUGACCACCACCACCACCACCUCAACCUAUCCAGUGCUGGCGGACAGACCGGAGCCUUCCGCCCUCCCGCCCGCCGGAGGUCUGUUCGGGCCGGUGAAGAAGUUCAAGAAGGUGACGUCCAAACCCGUCCAACAGGAGCCCUGUCUCCACAACGACCUGAUGGACGCCAUCCAGACCGGGGGACGAGACCGGCUGAAGAAGACUCCAGGCACUGCCCCCGGUGGUCUGAAGAAGAGGCCGUCCCAGGCUGAGGACGACAGCGAGAGGUCCGCUCUGCUGUCCGCCAUCAGGGCCACGGCCAGCAGUGGGAGGCUCAGACCGACCAAGUCCCUGGCAGCUCACGAGCUGCAGGGCAUCAGGAAGUCCUCCUCUGCAGAGGAGCAUCCUGCCGUCUCCAUAACCAGACCUUCCCGUCCCCUCUCCCCAACGCCUCCUCCUCAUCCAUCAAGCUACGGCCUCUCUCCUCCUCCUCCUCCGUCAAGCUUCGGCCUGUGUCCUCCUCCUCCUCCACCACCGCCCCCGACGGGACCUCCUGCCAUGCCCCCCCAGCUCCGGCGCGGGGGGUCGGGGGCCGGGGACCCCCGGGGUGACCCGGCGGCGGCCAGAGAGGCCAUGAUGGAGGCCAUUCGGUCGGGCUCGGCCGUCGGGAACCUGAAGAAGAUCGCCGCUCCGGUGAAGACGGUGCAGGUGAACGGCCGCCUGGGGACGAUCCAGAGCCGAUCCCUGGCUCUCUCCCAGCAGUGAGCCCCUCCAAGAGUGCCUGCGGAGCACCAUAAGACGCACGGGGGGCAUGUCGAAUCCCACAGGCUAACACCUCCCCUGCUGACCGUACCACAACGUUAAUCCCGUUUGCCACAACGCCUCGGGGUCCGUCUUCUGUCGAGAGCUCAUGGCAGGAUGUUUUAAAAGCACCUUUCUGUGCUUUACUGGAAGAGAAACACUGUAAAGUUCACCUACAGCUUCACGAACUGGGGCCAUAGACUGACACUGCCAAAAAGGGCAGCUUUAGUCAGAUUUAGCUUUUGAGGUUAUUUAAUUUUGUUUGUUCUUAUUUUUUAUAUUGAAAUCUUUUGGUUGUUCCGUUUGAUAUCGCUUUCUGUAAAAUACGAAGCUGAAAGUAGGGAGGCUACUGGCGAUCAUACCAUUUAGGACGUCACAUGGUGAAGGGAUUUCUUAAGCUGGAUGCACGUCUUUAUAUAUUUAAUAUUAAUUGAUAUACAUUUAUGUAUGUGAUUGCAUACUUCUAGAUCGUUUGAAAACAACGCUAUAAUUUAACAUGAUCUAUUUCUUUGUCAUGUCCUUAACACGAUAAAAAAAGAAUUACCCUAAAUUGUUUACCUUUCAAAAACAUCGCCUUGAUUUCAAAACGAUCGUUGCAACUGAUGCCGGUAUAAUUUACAGAGCUUGUGCCAUAAUAUAUUUCUAAGUAUAUACGUCACAUUUUUUACAGAUUUCUUUUUUUCUGGACAUUAUAUUUUCAGUUUGAGAUUUUAGUACUAUUUGACCACUUAUGCCUUUCUAGAAGCUGUGGAUGCCUUAUUCUGUUGGAAGGCAGAGUUAUGUGUUAAUGUUUGCUAUAAAUAUUACUAAAGCAGUGCAAUAAUAAAAAAUAUAUAUAUCAUAUUCAAUAUUUAAAUAUAUACAUACUAUAUAUAUAAUAUUUAAUAUUUCUAUAUGUAUAUAUAUUUAAUCUUUCUAUAUAUAUAUAUAUAUAUAAUAUUUCAUAUAUAAUGUUUAUAUAUUUCGGCAAUAUUGCCCAUAUUGCCAAGUAGUUUUAGCCAAGUUCAAAGCACCUCUUUCCCCCUGCUGGUGACAUGCGUGGGCCUCCUAGCUUGUUCUGUUCCUCCGUUCACUGCUGAUGUUGAAGUUUUUUCAGUUGUAUUUUUUGCCUGUAGAAAACGUUUAUUAAUUGAUGACAAGAGCAAGAUUAUGAAUUCCUUCUCUCAGAAAUCACCUAUACAGAAGUUAGGAAGUCUUUCUCUGCAAUGAACGUGCUUGAGGCAAUGGCAUCAGUCAAUGUCACCACACGAUUGAUAUGUCAACUGAUUUUGUUUAAUAUAUUUCAAAAAUAUACAUUAUGUUGACUUUCACUUUUUUGAGGAACAAUUUAACAUUUGAGGGACAAAUCUUGCAGGACCUAUAUUCAGGUCUCUAAGUAUAAUCUGCCACUCGUGGUCAAAUAUUUCACUCGCUUGCAGUCCAUUCAAUCAUACCUCUAUUUUUAAAAAGUUUAAUUUAUUUUCAGUUUACAAGAAAAACUGAAGAAAUACGUUAAUUUUUGUUUGAAGAUGUUUUGAUUAUAUUUUCUUUCCUUCUGUCAUCUAUUUACAUGCUACUGAUGCUGCAGCCUAAUCAUAGUCUUGUAUAUUUUGUAAAGUGCAGAGAGAGAUAGAUUCAAGUGGUUCUUUGACUGAAUGAUGGUCUUUGGAUUUAGGCUGACAAUUUUUCCUGGUAAAACAAAAAUUGUCACAGCUUUUAUUUUUGUCUGGAAAUUAUAAUUCAAUAAAAAAGUUUUGUAAUCAACAAAAAAUUUCAAUUUAAUGAAAUAUUUUCCUGACCUUGCUGUAUUAUGCACCACUGUUCAGUUGCAUAAGUAGUUAUGAAUGUCUAUAAAUAUUCAGGGAACUAGUUUGAUUGAACUAGGUAAUCUUUAUACCAACGCGAUGCAAAACUUGACAAUGAAAAACAGCUUUACUAGAUAUAAUUCUCCCCAAAAAUGUUGAUACUAAUCAAUUAGACAUACUAGGGUUCAUGGCCGAUGCAUGUCAACAAACCAAAUUCAUAUUGUUUCAUAUAGGUGGAUUAUUAAGCUUAAGAAAAUUAAUAAUUUCAAAUACCUGAGUAAAUAUUUUUAAUUGGCAUAAACACAGCCUUUUAAACUCCUAAGUCCCCUGAGUUGUGGCAUCUAUAUCAUUGAGGUUUGUUGUUGACUCCUGGCUACAAUAUUUGGUAACCUUACUUUGUGUGUGUGUGUGUGUGUGUGU